GUGUCAAUAACCUGCGACAUCCUGAAAACUCAGGCGACUCCGACACCUAGUCUCAUCGGCGAACCUCUCUGGUCUCUUCUCAGAGAUGGAGAAGAUAGAGCACACCACGGUGUCAACAAACAGCAUCAACAUGCACGUUGCCUCAAUCGGCGCUGGCCCCGUCAUCCUCUUCCUCCACGGCUUUCCCCAGCUCUGGUACUCCUGGCGCCACCAGCUCCGCGCUCUCUCCGCUCUUGGCUACCGCGCCAUCGCCCCCGAUCUCCGCGGCUACGGCGACACCGAUGCGCCCCCAUCGGCCACUUCUUACACCUCUUUCCACGUUGUCGGGGACCUGGUGGGCCUGCUUGACGCUCUUGGUGUGGAGAAGGUGUUUUUGGUCGGUCACGAUUGGGGCGCGAUUAUUGCGUGGCAUUUUUGCUUGUUUAGGCCUGAUCGAGUCAAGGCUUUGGUGAACUUGAGCGUGCCCUUCAUCCGCAGGAACCCCAAGGAGAAGCCCAUUGACGGAUACAGAGCUUUGUAUGGCGAUGAUUUCUACAUUUGCAGGUUUCAGAAACCUGGAGAAAUUGAAGAAGAUUUUGCUCAAGUUGAUACUGCAAAAUUGUUGAAGAAAUUUCUCACAUCUCGCAAUCCUGAUCCACCUUGUAUACCUAAAACGGGAUACAAAGGAUUACGAGACCCUCCAACAUUGCCAUCUUGGCUUUCAGAAGAAGAUGUCAAUUAUUAUGCCAGCAAAUUUAACCAGAAAGGUUUCACUGGAGGGUUGAACUAUUAUCGAGCAAUGAAUAUAACCUGGGAACUACUGGUGCCAUGGACUGGCGUUCAAAUCAAGGUACCAGUUAAGUUCAUUGUUGGCGAGCUGGACCUUGUCUAUCACUUCCGUGGAGUCAAAGAAUACAUUCAUGGAGGUAAGUUCAAGGAAGAUGUGCCCUUCUUGCAGGAAGUUGUUAUAAUGGAAGGAGCAGCCCACUUUAUCAACGAAGAAAAGCCAGAGGAAAUCAGUGCUCAUAUUUAUGAUUUCAUCAAGAAAUUCUAAUCUUCAUUUGCCUCUUUGAUCGGUGAUGUGUCCAAUGUAAGGCAUUGUGGGGCACCAUCUCUAGUAGCGCUAAUUUGGUGCUUUCUGCAAUUUAUACCUUUUCAUUAGUUUGUUCAACAAUUGUGAGUGGAGAAAUUUAACUUUCCAAUGCACAGGUACAAUUCCUUGUGCAUUUAUGUUUGUGCAUUUAUUUCGGUGGGAAUUGUCUGAGGACAAUAAAUUGUAAAGAGGAUUGGGUUGGGGCUAUAAUUUAGUCUACAGUACAGAGUGUGGAACUGGAAACUUUAUAUUUGA